CAUGCACUGGAAUAACCUUGCACUGCAGUUAGACUGAAUCCUCUAUUGAACAUUGCAUUGAACAGUGUGGUGUGACCUUUACUAGACAAGCACAUUAUCUUAAGGACCGUUCUGAAUUAGGGACGUCUACUGGAGCUUAAAUGUGGGGAAGUUACUGAGCAGCGGAGUGCCCUGGGUAGCAUUGGAGACUCUGUAUUGGACUGGAUAGUGGGGGCUGUCCUUCGCCCAGGAUCAACUUUGGGGAUGGUGCGAAGUAAAAUCAUUUCCACCCCACCCCAGCUCAGGCACAGACACCGGUUACCGAGCCAACGCGAACAAACUACACGACUGUGCUGGGAAAUCACAUGUGAGGGGGUGGGUUAGCACACUUCACUCGCGGUCUUGUCUGUGUCAGUGUGUGUGUGUGUAUGUCCGAGCGCUCGAUCGGGAUAUGUGUUAGCAGCAGCCUCCCAGCGAUGUGAGCUGCUCCUCAAGAUCAAGACCUUUAAAGACCAGGAGUUAACACCCAAACAUCUACUCCCUAUGAAGAAAUUAGCUUCCCUCUGCAAACUCCAGGCACUCUGCUGCUUGAGUCUUCUGGUAUUUCUGCCUGUUAUUGCAACAGAAAGAUGGUGCAACAGCCCCGAUAACUUCAAAUGGCUAACGAAACAGCUUCAGAUUAAGAUCAACAAUCUGAAUGAUAAUCUGAUCCCGAGUAUGAUAAAGUACAACACCUUUACAAAUGUGAAAACUGCUGUAUUGACUGAUCGCUGUUUUAUCAUUGUCACUGCUGAGCAACUCAACGAUUCUCUUCAGCUCCUGAUGAGCCACUUUAAGACGAGCUCAAGCAAUUACAAUCUGACUCAACAAGUGGUGAAAUUCCUGAAUAAACUUCACACAGAUUGUUCUGAUGAAAACUCCCAUCAAUGCUUGAAACCACAUACGAAGGUUGUUACUGGGUGUAAAAGUGAUCUGUUUGCUUACUUCCAUGCUAUCUUGAAUCACUAUAUAUACAUAUUUGACCAGUGCAACCCAGUAAAAAAAGCCACAGAGCAGUCAGAGGGCUAUCUUUCCUUCCUGAAAGCCUCUGAGAUCUCCAUUGCUUCAAACUGUUGCCUGGUUGACCUGCACAAUGGAUCACAUUCAAGCCAUCUUUACAGAGACUCUCCCACAAAACCUUUGUAUAAUGUCAGCACACCAGAGCCUUUCUGCUCCUUGACGUCUCCUACACAGAGUGUAAUGGGUUACAAGCUUAUUCCCAGCACAGAAGCCACGUCUGCAGUGACCAACAUACUCACAGAAGACAAAAGCACUGUUACUAAAAAGGAUGUCUUGUUUGGCAGCACGACUGAUGACCCACAUCACAGCACUGGCAAUUUAAUGCAAACAGAGGUUAAUAAUGGUGGAAGUACUGUGUCUAAUAUGCUGUCUGCAUCAAUCUCUGCUGCAUCUCCAUCACAGACUCUCAGUAAACGUACUGGUGCUGCAGGAAAAGCUAGUCUACAUGAAGACAAGCAGCACACAAACACCCACUUAUUUCAAUAUCUAUUCAUAGGAACAGUUGUUGCACUGGUUCUGACACUCUCCGCACUCGUUCAUUCGCACUUCAAGAUAAGGAGGCUGAAGCAAAGAUUGUGGAAUAAAAACUUGGAGGAUCGCGACACAGAAUCCAGCAAAAGUUUCCUGACAACGGAAAUCUAAGGGCAAUAAAGGAGCGGGAGAACGCUUGGUGAACUCCAUGGGCACUUGGCUUCCAUGAAGCAGCAAGUAGCUUUUCUUCGCAGCUGGAAAUCCCCUCAAAUUUCCCCAAAAUGUUCAGUGAGACAUGAAGAGACUGUCAACAUUGUGCUGGAAACUGGCUGAGCAAACUUGGCUGCACACCAAGCAGUUAGAGCACUGGAAUUAACAGUGGUGAAAAGACAAACAAUACAAGAUCCCUGCAGCAAACAAAGAGGCUUUAUAUCUUAUGUGACAUCAGCAGCUGGACAGUACUGGCAGCAUGAUGAGCGGUUUUGUGUUUAAAAACAGAGUAAGAGUGUGAGCCGAAUAAUUUCACCCAACUUGCCCCAUACCUGGAUGCUUCAAGUUAAUCGAGGGGAGUGUGAGCUACAACAGCCCUUCAAGACUUUCUGCAAGCAAUUGCUUCCUGAUGAGAAAUUAUUUUUAUAUUUACAAAAGAGAAACUGCAUAAAGAGUAGGAUAGUAGCCAAAGCAGGUGUUACUGAUCAGAGUCUUCAAACGUUACCAAUAUUCAUCGAGCUUAUAGACUGGCAUCACCAAGUCACAUCAAGUUACCAAUCUGUGGUCACCACAGCAUCACUGAUUCAACUUGAUGCAGUAUCACUGUUGAUUUAUUAAUCCAUUAAUACUUGGUCCUUGUAUAGCUUCUAAUCCAAUGGAAUGACAGAUCACUGGAUUACUGUCGCACUAACAAACCAAUACCAUAAAGACAUCAAGAGACUCACCUGAAACCUGUAAAUUGUAACUCUGCUUCAACUCUGUUACAACUUCUUCCAGCUAUGAGAAUUCUGUUGAUAAAGAAAUUUUGUUUAGUUUGUUGGUCCCUGAUAGCACUGACAAUGUUGGAAACUUGAGAUGAAUAGAUUUUUAAAGUCAUUUCCACAGUGUUCAUGGAAAAAUGUGAUUUCAGAAUAACUUUGUUCGAAUGAAAUUUAGUGUACUGCUGUCAAGCUUUCUUGACUAAUGUGUGGACAUACGAUGUUGAAUUUUCACCAAUUUCAUUAGAAAAUUUAUAUGUAUCAGUGCUUCCAUUUUCUCAGCAUUUUUGUACACCAUCAGUAAUUGUUCAUAAUUUGUCCAUUUUUCUUUCAUUAUUUUAGGGAUGCGAUAGGUUUUGUUCCAUUGCUCAAAUGGUUUUCUUCAGUAUUAUCAAUUGCCACUAAUUAUUAAUGUCAAAAUCCUAAUCCAUGCCUUUAUCAAGUCCAAGCUUCCAAAACUGCUUCUCCCCAUUAUAUACCCCUCCAACUCCCUCAAGCAGCCACAUGUAUGAGUUCCUUGGCCUCUAUCAUAAGAGGUCACGGGCCAUUCAGCCUCUCAAUCCUAUUCCACUGUGCAGUGGUGAGUACUUUCAACUGAUGAUUGUAGAUUUCACUUCUAAUGCCUCUUUUCCCUCUGCUGGCAGGCCCCAGGAGGCACGACUUGCUUCCCUGGCACAGUUUGGAUCCUUGUUCUUUCUGUUCCACAGUCAGUUCCAUAGCUGCUAAAACAAAAAAAAAUCAAACCGCAUUUCUAUAGCACUUUUGGUACUCCACGGAAGGUUUCAUGAAACAAAAUCUGUCAAAUCUGUCAAAUAUUAGAAUAGGUGACCCAAGGUUUUGGAACACAGGUAUCUUAAAGGAUUAUAGGGUUUGAGGAAGCUAUAGAGAUAAGGAAGGGAAUGGUCAUAAAUAGUGUUGGCAGACACUAGAUGUACAGGAACUGGUGAGAUUGCACCUUAACUUCUUUCCUUAAAUAAUUUUUAUUAAAUUAGAUUCCCUACAGUGUGGAAACAGGCCCUUCAGCCCAACAAGUCCACACCGACCCUCCGAAGAGUAACCCACCCAGACCUAUUUCCCUCUGACUAACGCACCUAACUUAUGGGCAAUUUAGCAUGGCCAAUUCACCUGACCUGCACAUCUUUGUGUGCUGUGGGAGGAAACUCGAGUGCCCAGGGGAAACCCACGCAGACACAGGGAGAAUGUCUCCACACAGACAGUCGCCCAAGGCUGGAAUCGAACCUGGCGCUGUGAGGUAGCAGUGCUAACCACUGAGCCACUGUGCCACCAAGGAAAGAGUUUAGGGGAAGUUCACUUGGCUGAUUCCAAGUAUAGAGAGGCUGUCUUAUGAGGAAAGGUUGAGUAGGUUGAGCUUAUACUCUUUGAGUUUGAAUGAAUGAGAGAUGAUUUUAUUGAAACAUGUAAAAUUCUGAAGAGAUUUGACUGGAUCGACACUGAGAUACUGUUUCCUGUCAUGGUGGAAUCUCAAACUAGGGGACACAGAUUAAAUAUUAGGAGUCUCCUGUUUAAGAGGAAGAAUUGCUUCUCUCAGAUAGUCUUGUCUUUAGAAUUCUCUUCCAGAGUGAGCAGUGGAGGCCAGAUCAUUGAAUAUAUUCAAGGUUGAGGUAGACAGAGGGGGUCAAGCAUUCGGGUUACAGUCAGGUCGAUUAUGUUUCUGUUGAAUAAUGGAGCAUGUUUGAGGGGCCAAAUGGCCUUUUACUGCUCCUGGUUCUAAUGAUCAAAACAAAAAUGAUGAUAUCUUGGCAAGCAGAGAGGAUAAGUAAAUGGGCUUUGGUGCAAGUAGAAUAUGGACAGACUUAGUAAUGAAGAGGAUUUGGGAUUUCUUAAAAAAAUCUUUUCUGAUCUCUUUACUGUCCCACUAUUGUGUUACUUUUAAAAAACAAAAAGACCUCUCUUUAACUUUAUUAUCAACCGUCUUCUCAAUUUCUGUUUUCUCCUUCUCCCUCUUGCUUUCAGUUCUUUUCUUACUUUAUGCUGCAUUGCUUUUUGAGGUAUUGCUCUCUGUAUUCAGAAUUGACUUUAUUGUGAGCCAUUUUCAUCCACUUGAGCUUCCAAAAAUGAUGAUACUAUCAACUGCACGUUUGUCACUGAAUUAUCAUACAGCAAAAUAAACAUUUAAUUGGGAAACUAUUGGCACCAAUCUGGGAAUAAUAUAAUUUGGGAAGAAAGUGAGGUCUGCAAUUGCUGGAGAUCAGAGCUGAAAAUAUGUUGCUGGAAAAGCGCAGCAGGUCAGGCAGCAUCCAAGGAGCAGGAGAUUCGACGUUUUGGGCAUAAGCCCUUCUUCAGGAAUGAGAAUAUAAUUUGGGAAAUGAGAAUGAGAAUAAUAUAAUUUGAGAAAGGAAGUCAUGUAGCGGUGACAGGUUUGUUUUGUACUGAUGAUGGAACAACAUAUCAGAAUAGUUUUAAUUAUGUAUUUGACACUAUGAGCAUACCAGAAUGUAAGCUGGACUGAAGAUGGGGUUGCCUACUCAGGUUUGACUUAUUCCUUAAGCUUUCUUUCAUUUGCCUUCACCUACCCUGCCUGGUCAAUCAACCCUUUUCUUGCCAUCUCCUGUAACUAAAGAGAAUUUCCAAAGGCUAUUUUUUAAAAUUAUUUUUCUCCCUAGCUGUCCUGGAGAUUAAUCUUUAAUUCCUAGUAAUGCUCGGGCAAUGCUGGGAGUUUGGAAACCUGUAGAUCUGUUGUGUUCUUCAAACAUCAGGGGUAAGCUUUUUCAUGUGCAUGUAACCAAAACUGUAUACCCAGUUUAAACAGCUUCUGUAUUUUGCUGUACAAAGUGUGCAUAAACAACCUUCUCCACUGAGUCUUUCUGGGUACGUGACCCAGAAAGAAGAUUUGCGAUACUUAAGCUGGCUCACUAAUUGCAUAUCUUGCUGAGAUGGAUUCAUAACAUGAAUAAAUUUCUUAAAUGUGGCUUUGCAACAGGUUCAACAAAGGGUUGUGGUGUUUUAAUUUGAAGAAGAGAGCUUUGUGCACCUUUGAUGUCAGCUGGAGCGUGGUGAUGUAAGAAGCACAUCAGUGAGGUUUACAGACAUUCUCAUGGAAGGCCAUGGUGGUUUGCAAGCUGAUUUAAAUUCAGCCUUCCAGCUAGGCUUUAAGUGUAACAACCAUACUGCAAACGUGACAUACUGAUGUAUUUGAUGCUUGGCUUCCUCUGAAACCUGACAUGUUUUGACAAGUUGGAUGGUUUACCAGUGAAGUGUAACUGCCUUGAUAUUGUUUGAUGUAUUGUGUGUUUCACCUGAUGAGGAGACAUGACAUGAGCUGGCCUUGUGUUGAAGAUUGCUUCUGCUUCUGUUUUCAUAUUGCAUUCAAAGCACAGAGCAUAGGCAACUGCCGAUUAAAUGUACCAAUUGCCAUGUG